GCCGCGAAAAUUUAACCAGACACCGACUUCGAAAGAACUCAGUUUGUUUGUUGAUUCCACUUCUGACCUACCCCCAGAUACCAUAAAUUAGCCAUGUCUCUCGACGAACAAUUCAAGAAAGUGUCAGACACUGUAAGGAACUGGAAGACGAAGCCCAGUGACAAUGAGAACCUCGCUCUGUACUCGCUUUACAAGCAGGCGGUGUUCGGAGAUGUCAACAUUUCUGAACCCAGCGGUAUUGUAGAGAAGGCAAAGUGGAACGCAUGGACCGGCCGCAAAGGCAUCUCGCAAGACGACGCCAAGAAACAAUACAUCGAAAUGGCUGAAAAGUUACAUUCUAAAUACGCAUACAUCAUGUCACUGCAAGAGCAAUUUGACCAAGCGGCAGCCAAUGUAAGGAAUUUAAAAUCACUGCCAAGCGAUGGGGACUUGCUAGAACUAUAUGCCCUGUUCAAACAAGCUUCAGUGGGAGAUGCUGACCCUGCAAACAGACCCGGAAUGUUUGACUUAAAGGGCAAAGCUAAAUUCGACGCGUGGAGCAAAAAGAACGGCAUGUCCAAGGAGGACGCGCAAAAGGCAUACAUCGCGAAAGUCGAAAGUCUGGUCGCUUCUAUUGGACUCCAGUAAUGGCCAACAUUGGCCCACAUGGCCAAUAUAACCAACAUGUGGCCAGUAUCUUAGUAAAUGUUGGAGAGUUGAUAUGAGCGGAUUGUGCAGAAGAAGAAUCAAAAAAAUCAACUUGACCUAAAUUUUUUUUUUAAUAUUGUCUUCCAUAUUUUUUUUAAAGAAUCAUGUUUGUUAUAUUUUUUAUGAAUUUAAAAUCUUGUUUUGAUACUUUCGGGAUGCCGUCCGCUUCAUAAAUAUUUAUUUCUCGGCUUAGGUUUAGGUUACAGGUGUAAGACAUCACAUUAUUUAAGGAUAUAAUUUUCGUCUACCUACAGCGGUGCUGUUGCAUUUUUUAUGCUGGUGUAUUUUGUUAUUUUCUUAUACUGUAUGAAAAUAAAAAAAAACUUAUAAAACCAUAAA